AUGUCUUUCAUUCGGGCUUCAUUUACUAUCAUCCAGGCCAUUGUGCACCAAGCUGCUCUGACUUGCCCGAACCCUACGCCAAAAAAAGGCCGCUACCACACGGAAGCGCAUUUCAUUCUCCAAAUAGCACCUUUCAUAUUCUGGAUCCACUCUGUCGUACUAUGGACUUUUGCUGCGUUCGAGACACUUCUCUACCUCUCUUCCUUAAUCCCAGCGAGUACGCCCUAUACAUCGACGUUCAUCUGCCCUGCCUCUACGCUACCCUCACUUCAACUCCCCCCAACUCCGCUCUUCCUCAUUGGCUCCGCCUCCAUCCUCUGCGGAGCCUUCAUCCGGAUUGACUGCUUCUACGCGCUCGGCGAACUCUUCACGUUCGACCUGACGAUUCACCCCGAGCACAAACUCAUCACGUCGCGCUCUUACGCCCUCGUACGCCACCCAGCCUACGCGGGGUCAAUGCUCCUCGUACUGGGAAUCAGCAUUGCACAUUUUACGCGCGGCAGCUGGGCGGUGGAAUGUGCAUUUGGGACGGGGUGGGGAAGGGUGGUGAUGUAUCUUCUGUGGGGUUUAUGGUGGUCAUGGACGUUGUCUGUGGGGAUAAGUCGUGCUAAGGCAGAGGAUCGGCAGAUGAAUAUGCUAUUUGGGGAGCAAUGGGUAAGGUAUGCGGAGGAGGUUCGGUGGUGGUUCUUUCCUUGUUUGCUUUAG